AUGUCAUCUGAUAGUGAUGAUGAUGCGCCUCUUGCAACUAGAGGGAACUCAAAGGGAGCUGCUAAUGCCCCAGCGGUAAAGCAAGAGCAGGGUGGAGCUGCCAAACCUGCGGCAGUUAAAGCGGAGGUGAAGGUGGAGCAGGAGACGGGAGUUAAGGGGGUGCCAAGCAAGGAGAAAAUGACCGAUGCCAAGGCAAAGGGGCAAGAGAAGAAGCCGCCCGUGGCCAAAGUCAAGGCCGAAGUAAAAGAGGAGCCAGCACAGAACGGCAAGUCCGGUGCAGCAACUAAGAAGGCCAAGGAGGAGGGCAAACAGCCUAAGGAGAAGAAGGAGUUCGACAUGCCGGGUCAAACUCGUGUGCCACCGCCUGAGACCGACUCCUUGCGAAAGUUCUACACGUCCCUGCUGGAGCAGCGCCCGGAUAGUGAGAUAGCGAAGAAAUGGUGUCUGACGCAUGGGCUACUGUCCAGGGAGGCAGCUGAGGAGCUGGUGGCGCAAAUGAAGAAGAGCAAACCAGCGGUGAAGUCCCCCGCCAAGCCGUCCGCUCGGUCGGAGGGCAAGAGCACGGCGACGAAGGCGCGAAGACCCGCCGAGAAGGCACCAACAGCCAAGCGGCAAAGACAAGCUAUAUCGCCGCCCAAGAAGACGCGAGCAAAAUACAGUGACGAGGAGGAUGAAGCGAGCAGCAGCGGCAGCGGCAGCGAGGAGGACGAUGACGACGACGAGCCGAUUGGCAGGGCCAAAUUGGUGGCAAAGCCUGCACCCAAAGCGGCACCCAAGGAGCCCAAGCCGGCACCCAAACCGGCACCCAAGCCGGCACCCACAGAGCCCAAGCCGGCACCAAAAGCGGCACCCACAGAGCCCAAGCCGGCACCAAAAGCGGCACCCGCAGAGCCCAAAGCGGCACCAAAAGCGGCACCCGCAGAGCCCAAAGCGGCACCCAAGCCGGCGGCAGCGAAGCCUGUUUCAGCGGGCCCUAAGUCAGCCGCAAGAAGCUUGAACGCGACGAGGAGGGUCUUCACGGACGGUGGACUUGACGACAGCGACGAAGAUGAGGACGACAACAUUCCCUUGCUCCAACGCAAGAAAUGA